CUAUGUAUUUCUACCAGAAAUUGGUCAUGUGUGAAAUUAUGUGGUAGCAGUCCACGAAUCCGAUAAGAAGUUUUAGAAUCAUUCACAUACUGUACAGUAGUGGCUCCUUUCUUCAGCGCCAGAGAGGACGGCACUAUUGUCGUCUGUCGUACGUAUCCUCUGGUCAUUUUGAUCUCAAGCUUAAGUGGAUCAUGCCUAACCACACCGUGAUUUCUUACACCGCUAUCAUCAUGUUCAGUUUACCGUAAACUGUGGAUAAUAAUCUUCUGGUCCAGUUUUUAGUCUACAUUCUCAAAAGCCGUCAAUAUGGAUCAGACUAUGCCAAAUUUUAACCUAUCUUACGAUGGUUCUUAUUCUAACACCUACAAUGACUAUUUUCCUAGUUUUACCGAGCACGAUUACGACAUGCCGGUAUUGCCAAAUUAUCCACCGAAUGAUGUAAAUUAUCCCGGACUGAGUAAUGGACACUGUGUGCUGCCGGACAGUCCUCCUGACUCUCACCCGGACAGCUAUGCCAUACCAAAUCAGUUUGGUCUUCUACAGAAUGUACACCGGGUAACCAGUGGCUACAUUCCGCAUCAUGGCGAUGUGUCGUCCUCAACGGGGCCCAGCACUUCCGGUGUCAUCCCGAUUCCCGCUAAGCCCCAGAUCAGCCUUCCCCACCAAGGCUUGCCCCAUGUACCACCUUUUCCUUAUCCAAAAAAACGCCUGAAGGGCUCACUGAAUGUGGAUGUCUCCAGUACCAGCUACUCGUCCGCCAGUAAUUCGCCCUUGUCAAUCCACAGCUGUAAGCAAGAGGACGAUCGUGACCUUGAUUUCCCAAUGUCGAAUUCUCACACUGGUAACCUGCUGUAUUAUCAGCCACUACAGUCGUCUGCACCGUCGGAUGAUAUGAUAUUCGGCGCAAGUGACUUGGGCGAUGAGAGUCAACACCGCAAUAUUACCUUCAAGCCCAUAUUCACUGAACAGUGGUGUAACGUGGCUGUGCGUAAUGAUAGGGUGCUAGUGCCGGCAUCCAUUAUGGAGUUUAAAGUGCAGGCUGAUAAGGGGUUCAACUAUUCUCAGUACGAUUUCGGGGCAUUUAUUUGCCAGAAAAAGAAUCAUUUCCAAGUUACCGUUCAAGUCGUCCUUAGCGCAUUGCCGCAGUUCGUCAAAUUACCAACCGGGGACGACUACGAACAAAUAAAGAGUUUCUUUAUCGACCUUUGCGGGGUACGCGCUGAAAAUAUUCAUCAGCAUCCAAUCAAGAUCGAAGAAUCGCAGAGCGACCGUUCCCGGAAGUCUUUUAUUCCCCGCACCAUUGAUCUCUCGCAUUUGCGUCAGCAGAUGACCAUAGCCCGACUGCACUUCAGUGAAACUACGUUAAAUAAUCAGCGGAAGAAACUAAAAAAACCUAAUCCCGAACAGAAAUUUUUCCGACUGGUUGUCGGUUUGUAUGCUGUAGUGGACCUACCCGAUGGCCAACAGGGAAAGCGGCUGAUACAUGCCGUCGGGUCAGAAAACAUCAUUGUACGGGCAUCGAAUCCACAACAGUUCGAGCAUGACGGCACGCCGACACCACAAUGGCAGAAGGCCCCGCAUGACGAUGAGGCCAUAUUUUACACCGGCAGUAUUGGGAUAAACAACGACCGCCCAGAAGAAGCCUUGGACAUUCGAGGCAACAUGAGACUGUCCGGACGUCUCAUUCAACCGUCGGAUGCGCGAGCCAAAGAGAUCCUGGAAGAAGUGGAUCCCAAAGACCAGCUGAAAAAUAUCGGGAGGCUACGCAUUGUGCGCUACAAAUACAAGGACGAAGUGGCCAGGGUGUUAAACCUACAGGAAGAGGCGCAAUACGAUACGGGCAUACUCGCUCAGGAUGUGUUGGAGACUAUUCCUGAAGCGGUGGAGGAUAUUGGGGAUCUGGUGUUGGAGAAUGGAGAAACCGUGGAAAACUUCCUUAUGGUCAAUAAGGACAGAUUAUUCAUGGAAAAUCUCGGAGCCGUUAAGGAACUGUAUAACCUAACGGAUAGUUUUGGCUCACGUAUCGUGGAAUUGGAACGCAUGUAUCGGAGAGUUGCUCAUCUGAAAAGCCGUGAUAGUUUUCGCUCAAAUAUCAGUGCCGUAACGACGAAAUCCGUUCAGAGUUCAAUCUUCACUUCGGUCUCGAAUCGUCUGCCGACAUCCGUAUCGGCUCGACCGUCCAUAUACUCCGUGGCACCGCCACCCGGUGUCUUCACUGAUAAACUUCAGAAAAAGCCCAGCACAUCUGAGCCCGCAUCGCUUAUACGGUUAGGUAAAUCGUACAUGCAAUGGUUGACGCUGGGUUUGGUGACCUUGGUGUCCAUUUGCCUAAUUGCCCUGUUGGCUCUGUACAUUACGUCGAAGCCUGGUAACGACACCAGCGAAGACCAAAUAUUUACGGCCGCCUUGCAGUUCGGCUCGACCACUGCAACGGCAUCAUCAGCUCCGGUAAUUUCCACUAGGCAACCGAUUAUUAUACCGGGUUCUGAUCAGGAACCUUUUUUUCCGCAAGUAAUCGACGUGAACUGGGAUGAUGCAACGGUUCUAUGGUCAACGGGGUUGUGCAAGUUCGUUACACCGGUCGCAAAUGAUGAAAAAUGCGUACUCAAUGUCACAUACGCAGAAAAGUACUGCAAACGGUCGCCGUUCAUGGAAACGGACGACUGUUGUGUAGCCAUAUCAGCCAAUCAAUUUAUUCCUCCAAAUUUUAUUAAUAACCCCAUUAGCAUAAACGGGCACGGCUAUGGCUAUGGUCGUCAUCCUGCACCCAUGCAGCUUCCGGAAUACAAGACCGAUCAGAACGACUUGCCCACAAAAGGAAUGGAUAAAAAUUUGCAGAUCUCUUUUGUCACCGAAACUGACAGUGCGCACUCUGGAGUGGAUGACAUAAUCAAGCAUUACCCAAACAAACUGUUUGGCAAAGAACUUGACGAUGGCAAUGCCGUAUUAUACCGUGCUGAUAUCAAACCAAAACAGGAAAAGGAUUCCCGAAAUGUAAAAAGCGGAGUUACCGAUUUAUCGGGGAAAAACGACAAAUAUAUUCCCAGCGGCGAGCCAUGUCCGGAUAUAUCCGAGCACCAGACUGAAAACUGGGAUAUGGUCGAACAUAUCGAUCUGGUUGAGCCAGAUAUUCGUUUGACUCGGGCGUACUGUAACACUCGUAAAGAACCUUGUGGUACGAAUCAUAACUACCUGCUCACCGUCCCAUUAAGCAAGUACUAUGCCGAUCAGAACAUCACUGUCCGAUUCACGCGUAAAGUGGAUACAGUGCUGAUGACCUGUGCGCACUACAUCGAAGGUGGAAGUUGCUUCCGGAAUCAAAAUCGUCCGGGUUUCGUUUGCCGAUCGGAUGAAGCUGAAGAAUGGAUUACUGUGCCAAUUGCCAAUUAUUUGCGGAGUGAACUGAAAAUCCGAGUGGCGGAAAAGCGGACAGCUGCACAUUUUAAUAAGAACCUCUGUGAAAUCGAAGGUUCAAAAGAUAUUGUUUAUUAUAAUAUUGUCUUUGUCAGAAGCUGUCGAUAACAUUGGUAUUCAUUUUAACAUCAGUCGCUCUUUGAACGUUACGCUGACCACAAUGUGCAAUACCUAAUAGUUAUGGCGAGUGUGCUUCAGGUUUUUAUAAAAUGAUUCAUGCUACUUACUGUAUUUUUAACUGGAACAUAGUGUUGUUGAACAGAAUAAAAACCUUUUUGUCGUGU